CUCCUCCUUCUUGAAUGGGGCCGAGUUAGGUGGAGGAGGGAGAAGGAGGGCAGCGAGGAGCCUCGAGGAAUCAAAAAUCUCCCUUUUUGUCCUCUCGUUCGGGACCCCGACACAUGGGGUCAGCGCGGGCCGCAUGGGUUCUUAGUUUAGGCUGGCUCGGACGUCAAUGAGAGAGAGAGAGAGGGAGAAAGAGAGAGAGAGAGCGAGAGUGAGCGCGAGCGAGCGUUAAUUAGAAAAACCUGGUGAGGCAAUUAAGUGAGAGGAGAGAAGUCGCGCGGAGCUGGGGCGCACACGGUGAGUGUUUGGCACCAACAAACUGUUUAGUUUCCUCCACUGCUCAAGUUGAAGCUCGCUGUGGCGUUUUAAGGUGUCGAAAGUUGACUUUUCACAGUUUGGAUAGUUUUUAGUGGGAUCGUAUCACGUUUUUAGGGGUUUUAUUAAUUAUUCUUCUUUUUUUUUUCGCGUGGCGAGUUCUGGAGCUACGCGUGUCGUAGAGCGAUCUGACUUAGUGCUCUGGUUUCCUUGGCACCAUGAGUUGGAGCUUCUUGACACGUCUGCUGGAUGAAAUCUCAAACCACUCCACCUUUGUGGGGAAGAUCUGGCUGACUGUACUGAUCAUUUUCCGCAUCGUGCUGACAGCCGUUGGUGGCGAAACCAUCUACUAUGAUGAACAGAGCAAAUUUGUUUGCAACACCCAACAGCCUGGAUGUGAGAACGUUUGCUAUGACGCAUUUGCUCCGCUCUCACAUGUCAGAUUCUGGAUCUUUCAGGUGAUAAUGAUCACCACUCCCACAAUCAUGUACCUUGGCUUUGCCAUGCACAAAAUCGCUCGCAUGGAUGACAUGGAGUACCGUCCCAUUCGGAACAAGAAGAAGAGGAUGCCUAUAGUCAGCCGUGGAGCGGUUCGGGACUAUGAAGAAGCAGAGGACAACGGAGAGGAGGAUCCGAUGAUUGCUGAGGAAAUUGAACCGGAUAAGCCAGAAAAAAAAGAAAAAGAAACAAAGCACGAUGGUCGACGACAGAUUCUGCGUGAUGGACUUAUGAAAGUCUACGUAUGCCAGUUGCUGUGGCGUUCUGCCUUUGAGAUUGCAUUCCUCUUUGGCCAGUACUUUCUCUAUGGCUUUGAGGUGAUCCCCUCCUACAUCUGCACUCGCUCCCCAUGUCCACACACGGUGGACUGCUUUGUGUCCCGACCUACUGAGAAAACCAUCUUCCUGCUGGUGAUGUACGUCGUGUCCUUCCUCUGCCUUUUCCUCACUGUCCUGGAAAUCCUCCAUUUGGGCGUCGGUGGCAUCCGUGACACAUUCCGCAGGCGUGCCAUUCUUAAUUCCCGGCGCACUCCACGUCCGCCUUCGACCCGCUCCUUACCCACAGCCCCGCCAGGAUACCAUGCCACCAUGAAAAAGGAGAAGCUAAAAGGAGAGCUGAGGGACUUGCCAAUGGGCGACUCGGGCAGAGAAAGCUUUGGAGACGAGGGUCCAUCAUCCAGGGAACUGGAGCGGCUGAGGAGGCAUCUGAAGAUGGCGCAGCAGCAUCUGGAUCUUGCAUACCAGGCAGAUGAAGGAAGCCCCUCACGCAGCAGCAGCCCUGAGGUGAAUACAGCUGUACAGACAGCUGCUGAGCAGAACCGCCUUAACUUCGCACAAGAAAAGCAAGGAGAGUCGAGCGAGAAAGGAAUACAUGCCUGAGCGUGCUUCCUGCCUCAGAUGUCUUGUCCUUCCAUUCCUACUGGCCUUAAAUGUUGGAACGGGAGGGAAGCACACAUGAGGAAAGCAGUCGUACCACUGAGGGAGACCUAAGUGUGCGUUUGUGUGUGAAUGUGUUUGUGUGAAUGAAAGAUUUGUGCCUUUCAGUAUUGGUGGUCAGUGCAAAGCAAAGGAACUGCUGACAGAAUCUGUGUGACGGUAAACUUGAAAGCCUGCCACUUGUGGAGUUUUUCUGCUUGCCAAACCUAGACUGUGCCUUCAAUUAAGCCCUGAUCUUUACACAUAUCCUGUUUAUUUGUAGCCAUGCAAUAAUCCUCAUCCAGCUAAGACUUUAAAGUUCCAAACUCCUCUGGCUGAGCCAAUAGUUUGUGCUUUCUUUUUCUCUCGUAAACUGCCACUGAAUGUUGAGGCUUGUUGUUCUUGGAUUCCUUAACGGCACAGCCUCAGGCUAUGUCAAUUGGACUCUGCAGUAUCUUUUUUUCUCUUUGCAAGAUUUUCUUAACCCAUCCUGGCCAAGUCAACAGAACUGGUACAUAGAUGUGUGUGAAAGUCCAGUUGACCAAAAUGUAUACCUGGGCAAUGCUUGAAUCCUUAAUUAAUGGGAAAUGUUUUUCAUCUAAAAUUUCAUUUUAACAGCUUUACAAGUAGAACGUAGAAGAGUUCCUCCAGUGUGUUCAGAGAAGAUGGAUGUUUUCCUUUAAAGCUGCCAAACGGUCAUCCUGAUGAAACCGCUCUGAAUGGACCAGAGUCAUUUAACAUGUUCAGUUCAAUAAAUUUCUGAUCUGUAGCUUUAAGACUUCAAACCUUUCCAUAGCUUCAUAGUUACCUUCACAACCCUCGGCUGCAGACUGAUUGUUCCUGUAUGAAAUCACUUCCCCUUUUUGCAAGAAACAUUCCAAUUUUGAAUAUGGUACUCCUUCUAUGAUUUAUUCUUUGACUUUUUUCCUAAUGCAAGUUUUGUAGAUUUUUUUUUUCCUUUUGUAACUGUAGAGAUUAUUUUGUCAGAGUAAAUAAAUAUAUUUGAGUCAA